AUGAUGGCGCGUGCACACAUACACUCCCCCAUCUUCAUCUCUGUCGGGGCCACGCGGGGACCCUGGGCGCUCAUACCCGACAUUGACAAAGCGCUCUGGGUGUUUUUUGGCUCUCUUUGCGCCCCUCACCUGCCCCCACAGCUACCUUCUCUCCACUUCAUCAAAUCCACAGCAAAAGCCCCAAACACGGAGCAGGGGAUCCAUCAACUUCCCGCGCAGAGAGACGAUGUCAUCAGUGAGGGACGUCUCCAGGGGGAGAAAGCGGUGGACCUGAUGUGUGGCAGCAGUGUUUCUCCCAGGGCAGACGUGGCCUUCCAUCUGAAUCCUCGAGUGAAGAAGAAGCGUGUGGUGUGUAACUCUCUGGUGCAGGAGCCACAAAUCCACAAGGUCAUGCCUCUGAGACCAGGAGAGGCCUUCGAGCUGCUCAUCCUGGUCCUCAGCCACCAGAGUGUAUGUCUUUUGUCUAUAGCUGUCAUGUUGAAAUAUUAA